AUGACUUCGAAUUUCAGUCUAGAUAUUGAAAAGAGUGAAGCCGAUACAAGGAGAAUUUCAAAAGACCGAGGAAUCGAUAUAAACCCAUUGAAAAGAGGGCCUUCAUUAGACCCUAGUCCAAAUCAUUUACACAAAUCAAUGUAUGGUGCUGUGUCGUCAGAUAUAGAACUCUGCUCACAACUGGGUGUUGACAUCUUGAAGAAAGGUGGGUUCGCAGCAGAUGCAGCUGUUACUGUUGCUUUAUGUGUUGGUGUUAUUAAUUCCUUCAGCUCAGGUAUCGGAGGUGGUGGGUAUAUUGUAUCAAAGCAAUAUGGUAAACAAGCUAUCUCCAUUGAUGCUAGAGAAAUGGCUCCAUUAGCAGGUCAUAAAGAUAUGUUUAAAGGACGUGAGCAUUUAUCACAAGUUGGUGGAUUGGCAGCAGCAAUUCCUGGUGAAUUGAAAGGUUUAUACACACUUUACAAACAUGAAGGUUCUGGUAAACUAACCUGGGCAGAAUUAAUUGAACCAGUAAUUGAUGUCGCUGAAAAUGGGUGGAAUGCAUCUGUUGUUUUAGCUGCUGCUAUAGAAAUUGAUAAGAAAUUCUUUAGGGAACACUAUUCACUUUGGGAUUUUGUCUUCAAGGAAGGUUCAAAACAUGAUGUUGUUAAAGCUGGUGAUUUAAUCAAAAGACCUAAAAUUGGUGAAACAUUACGUUUGAUUGCUAAUAAUGGGAGUGAUGCUGUUUUUUAUGAUCCAAAUGGACCUAUAGCUGGUAAUUUGAUUCAAGCUGCCAAUGCUAAUGGUGGUGUUUUUUCAAAAGCAGAUUUUGAAAACUAUGAAGUUGAACUCUCUCCAGCAUUGAAAACUGAAUAUCUUGGUAAUGAUGUUUACACAUGUGCUGGUUCAUGCUCUGGGGCUGCUUUAAUCUCGGGGUUGAACAUUAUGGAUCAUUUUGGAACAUUAGAAGGUGGUGAUAUGGACCCUUUAGCUACACACAGACUAGUUGAAGCUAUGAAAUGGGUAGCAAGUGCUAGGAGUAGACUAGGAGACUCCACAAAUAAUGAUACAACACAUAUCACUAGUCAAGAUUGGUCAGACUAUGCAUUGCGUCAUAUCAAAGAUAACCAGACGUUAGCAAAUUGGUCAGACUACAAGCCAGCUUAUGAGCUCAAUAACCCUCAUGGGACUACUCACUUCUCAAUCGUCGAUGGCCAUCACAAUGCUGUCUCCAUGACCUCAACUGUCAACCUAUUAUUUGGUUGUUUGGUUAUUGAUCCAGUUACUGGUAUAAUUUUUAAUAAUGAAAUGGAUGAUUUCUCAGUGCCUGGCGUUCCUAAUGCCUUCGGUAUUGAGCCAUCAAUUUAUAAUUUCAUAAGACCAAGAAAAAGACCAUUGUCAUCAUCGUCACCAACCAUUGUGGUGAAUGAAUUAUUGAAACCGGAUCUUGUUAUUGGUGCAGCUGGUGGUAGCAGAAUUGUGACUUCUGUUCUUCAAGCCAUUGUUCGUAUUUAUAGUUAUAACAUGCCACUAUUGGAAGCCAUUGCAUAUCCACGUUUCCAUCAUCAACUUUUGCCAAACCAUAUUGAACAUGAAGAACACAUUGGCUCUGAUAUUUUAACUUCAUUACAAGAAAAAGGCCAUGAGACAUUCCUUCAACCUCCAAAGACCGUUAUUAACGCUAUACGGAGAUGGGCCGGUGAUUACCAUGCAGUCAGUGACUAUUGGAGGAAAAGGGGCGAGUCAUGUGUAGUUUGA